UACAAUUAACAACAAAACUACAUAACCAAUGGCACAAAUAACAAAUCAAUUAAUAAUACAACAAAUUAAUGUAACAAUUAGUAUACAAAAUGAAAUAGAUAUAUUCGAAGGUGCACAACUUAUUUUAAAUUGUAUUCGACCACAAUGGUCAAAAUCAUCAAUUCAAAUGAAGAUGUUAAGUGGAGGAAUAACAAAUGCACUUGUUCGUUGCCGCUUAGAAGAUGAUGUUGAUUCAAGCGAUACGAUCUUAAUAAGAAUAUACGGUGCUAAGUCUGAACUGUUUAUUGAUAGGGAUGCAGAAAAAAGGAAUUUAAUAAAAUUACAAGAAGUUGGAAUUUCAGCACCUUUGUAUGCAAUAUUUAAUAAUGGAUUAGCAUACAAAUACAUUAACGGUACUACAUUGACAACUGAAACCGUUGUUGUGCCUAAAGUCUAUAAAUCAGUUGCAACGCAAAUGGCAAAAUUGCACAAAUCAAUUAAUAACAAUAAUAAUAAUGUACCUAUGUUAUGGAUCAAAUGCUCAAGAUUUUUGGAAUUAAUACCUGAAAAAUAUAAUGAUCCCGAUAAACAAAAAAGGUUUGAAACUCUUUGUCCAUCAAAGUCUGUGAUUACUAAAGAAUUAGCUCUACUAAAAAGUAAUUUAGAACAAUUAAAUAGUCCAAUUGUAUUUACCCAUAAUGAUUUAUUACUGGGUAAUAUAAUUUAUAACGAUGAAAAUAAUUCUGUUUCAUUUAUUGAUUUUGAAUAUGCUGCAUACAACUAUCAGGCAUUCGAUAUUGGAAAUCAUUUUGCUGAGUAUAUUGGUACAGAUAAUAUAGAUCUAUCAAAUUAUCCAUCAAAAGAGUUACAAUACGAUUGGUUGAAAGAAUACCUAACUGUAUAUAACGGCACUAAAGAAGUAAGUGAUAUGGAUAUUCAUAAUUUGUAUGUUCAAGUCAACAAAUUUGCAUUAAUAUCAAGUGUAUUUUGGGGAAUGUGGUCUCUUGUUCAAGCAGCAAAUUCAACGAUUGAUUUUGAUUUUAUCGAGUAUAGUGGAAUUAAAUUUGGAGAAUAUUUUAAAUAUAAAGAACAAUUUUUACUAUUAGAAUAAUUAAAAAAAAUAUUAGAACAC